AUGUCGCCAUUGAUGCUUCUUAUCGCCAUGGUGUCAAUAUCGUCGUCGGCAGUGCCAACUUCAUCAAUUUCAGCUUCUAAAGUCUUGUACACUCAAGGACAAAUACUCGAUGUCAUUCAACGAUCUGGUCUCUUUGCAGGCUUUGUAGACGCGCCCACGAAAAGGCCGCUCGAGCAAGUCUUGCGAUCUUUUCAACAAGUCAGUCAAAGCUCGCCAUCAAGCCUAUCGUCAUUCCUGAAUGAGAACUUUGCUGCAUCUGGAUCUGAUGUGGUUCCGGCACGAAUGAAUUAUCCAGCUCAGCCGUCAUUUUUGAAGGGCGUUCAGGACUCCAAGUUGCGUGAUUGGGCAAAACAGAUUCAUCAUAUAUGGCCGAAAUUGGCGAGGAAGUGGACGGGGUUGUUGUGCGAUGGGUGUGUGUCGAGCUUUGAUCCUGCUGUUUCCAGACAAUUUGUGGUGCCUGGUGGAAUGUUUGAGGAACAGUAUUAUUGGGAUACGUACUUUACUACGGAAGGGCUCCUCUUGUCAGAAGCUUAUGACAUGAGUAAAGACAUGCUGCUAAACUUCCUUGAUAUGCUUGCAGUUCACGGAUUUGUGCCAAACGGAUCUCGAACAUACUACCUCAAUCGAUCACAGCCUCCCUUUCUGAUUCUAACGAUUGCUCGAUUCCUGGAAUUUCAAUCAUUCGACGAGCUCAACACUACCUUGUUGGAACAAGAAUUGACAUAUUGGUCAACUCGUCCAAAGAGAGUUGAGUUUGGCAAAUCGAAAGGCUAUCUAUCUCGAUAUUUUGUGACUGCAGAUUCGCCACGACCUGAAGCGUAUAAUCUAGAUCUGAAUGUUAGUGCAUUGGCAACUAGUAUUCCGCCAGCAGAGUUGUUUUCUGAGUUGGCCACUGGGGCAGAGACGGGAUGGGAUUUUUCGUCCCGUUGGAUUCCUGGACCAGUCUCAAAUUCUAGUAUGGAGAACUUGGCUAGGCAACAACCAACCAAAGUCAUCCCAAUCGAUCUCAACAGCAUACUCCUGCUCUCAGAACGUUCUUUGGCCAGCAUCUUCAAGGGUCGUGGGAAUAGAGCCAAGUGCAUUGAAUACUCAAAGCUCGGAAAUCAACGCGAAUUGACAAUCAAGUCACAGCUCUGUGACCAAUCACUCAGAUGUGGUGAUUUGAAUAUUGAAACUGGAAAGCUACGUCUGGAGCCAUAUUCGUCCGAACAGUACUUUGCUGUCUGGGCUGGGAUAUUCUCGUGUGAAGGGGCUCGUCGAAUGAUAUCUGAUAUUGAGUACUCGCUUGAGAUGUGGAAGGGAGGACUGCCUGUCACUAGAGAAUCGAGCGGACUUCAAUGGGACUUUCCAAACGUUUGGGCCCCCCUGCAAUAUGUGGCUAUUCAAGCAAUGAUUCAAAUUGAGGCACAAUGUCCACAUCUUGCAUCUGAUGCAAAAAGGGCUCAGCUGCAUGUAGCUCAAGCGUUUGUUACCACUGCUUUCUGUGCAUGGACAAAACAGCGAGAUCUUACUGGUGAAGGAGUAUUCUAUGAAAACUUCGAUGCUACCGCUAUUGGUUCGUCUGGGUAUGGAGCUGAAUAUAGUCCUCAAGUUGGAUUUGGGUGGACUAAUGGGGUUUUGUUGUGGAUGAUGAAUGAAUAUUCGCAGAACUUGAGUGUAUCUGCCAAGACCUGUCCCAAUAUGUGA